AUGGAAGUUAUUUCAUCAAAACGAUUCAUUUUAUUGACUUUAACCACUUCAAGCUUCUUAACAUCAAACAUCUAUGCAGAUGAAUUAAUGAUGUGCAAUAUUCACAGCAAAGAAAAUUAUGACAAAUGUUCUGAACCUGAAAGAGGAAACCUUAAAGGGGAAAAGAAAAGAAGUUUCCAUUUUGAAGAAUUAAAAGUUUGGGGUCCAAAACACAUCAUGAAGAUGAGCACACCUGCAGUCAACAAAAACUUGCCCUUGAGACCUGGGAGGCCCAUGAGAGAAGAAAGCACUGGGACAAUGACCACCCUGCCUCUGAGAAGGGAAGAAAUAUAAAGGAAAGCAUCUAAUCUGCCACAAAGGUUUGGGACAACAACAGCCAAAAAUGUGACCAAACUGAGUGAUUUGCUCCAAAGACCCAUGCAUUCACCAUCUGUCAGUGAGUUGCUUUAGGCUAUGUCCUGCCAGCCCCCAGAAAUCCAGAAUCCUGAUCAAAAACACCCAAGGUAG